AUGAAUAAUGAAUUAGAUGAAAACUUUUGUUAUGAUGUUUGGUAUGAUUUAUAUGAUGUUUUUAAUUAUAAAGAUAUUAAUGAACUAAUAAAACAAGAGACAUCAAGUAUGAGCAUAGAGAAAAUAGGCAGUUUAUUGAUAAGUAAGAUUCAUUAUUAUAUUUUUACAUCAAUAUAUUUUACCGGGUCUGUAGUUUUUAGAUUUAUUGAUAUUAUUAAUAACUUUAUCGAUGUUUAUGUUAAAUGUUAUGAUUUAUCAGAUGAUUUCGAGUUUGAUGAAAAUGAUAUUUAUCAAUUUCCAAUUGAAAGAAGUGAAGCAGAAGAAGUUAGUAAAAAAAUUUUAUUAGCCAAAUCAAAAAUUAAAGGAAGUGAUUCAAUUUACAUUGCCGGUGAUGAUGAAUUGUCGAUGAAUAGAACUCAUAAAAGGUGCAAUCUUAAAUUCAUAAAUUAA